AUGACAGGGCUAUUCAGACAACUUGUGAGUUUACGAAAGAAAUUAACGGGGCUUUACCACGAUAGGAAGCCCUGGUCAACAAUUCGAUUCGUGAAUCUUAACAACACAUUCAUGACAUCACAGACAAGAUUUCAAACAACUAUCGAAGAUCCAACUUAUAAAGGACUUUUUUAUCACUCCACACAUGAUGCAGCCAACUACUCGCUAUCUUUUAUAUCUGAUCGUAAUAAAGUUGAGAAACAUGAUGUAUCAGUGAUUGGAUGGGUACCCUUUCAAACGGGUGUGCCAAAGUUAGAAAUAGGAAACUUUAGAGAAAAUAAUAAAUUUAUAAAAUUCUUGCAUCAAAUGAUAGCAGAUAAUGUAGCGGACGCAGAUCCUCAAUUGCAAGCUUUGGCCAAGUAUCAUCAGAAUGGUUGGCUUCAUAUCGCUGAUAUUCGUGAUCCUGCACCAUGGGGUCGUAUACCCUAUCCAGAAGACAUCUUUGGUAUGGUUCUUGUGAAAGAUGGGCAGAUAGUUCCUGGUACAUAUCAACCUAUGCCAACGCACCGAAUUUUGACAACAAAAGGAUUAUUUAUGCUGAAUGGUCCGUUUCAAGAAAAAUUAUUGGAAAG